AUUGCGCAGGCGUACACCACGUACACCGAUCUUCAGGAGCUGCAUUUGGCUCGGAUGCUAGCUGGCUAGCUUAACGGUCUGUCAAGUCGCGCACAUUGGGCUCGAAGGGGGAAGCGUAGCGGUGGAGAAGAAGGGCGACCCAAGCGCCGCUGCUACGAAAUGGCCGGGCAACAGUUCCAGUACGAUGACAGCGGCAAUACUUUUUUCUAUUUCCUCACGUCCUUCGUCGGGCUCAUUGUGAUCCCGGCCACUUAUUACCUCUGGCCCCGGGAUCAGAAUGCUGAACAACUGCGUCUGAAAAGCCUCAGAAGGGUCCAUGGCAGGUGUUUGUGGUACCGGCUCAGGCUGAUGAAGUCACAGCAAAGCAUCGUCCCAACACUAAAGAAAGCAGCCUUGUUAUUUGGCUGGGCUGUGUUCCUGCUGUUAGCCUACAAGGUGUCCAAGCUGGACAGAGAGUACCAGGAGUACAAUCCAUAUGAAGUCCUCAACUUGGACCCGGGUGCAUCGCUUUCAGAAAUCAAGAAGCAAUACCGCGUAUUGUCGCUCAAGUACCACCCUGACAAAGGUGGCGACGAGAGUACAUUCAUGAGAAUUGCGAAGGCAUAUGCUGCUCUGACCAAUGAACAGUCGCGACAAAACUGGGAAAUAUACGGCAACCCAGAUGGUCCAGGAGCAACCAGUUUUGGUAUUGCCCUGCCCGCCUGGAUUGUUGACCAGAAGAACUCAAUGCUGGUGCUGUUAGUUUACGGACUAGCCUUCAUGGUCAUCCUUCCUGUUGUUGUGGGCACAUGGUGGUACCGCUCCAUCCGAUACAGUGGAGACCAGAUCCUCAUCAACACUACCCAGCUCUUCAUGCAUUUCAUGUACAAGACGCCGAACAUGAACAUGAAGCGGUUAGCCAUGGUGUUGACAGCAGCAUUUGAGUUUGACCCUCGCAGCAAUAAAGAAGCCACCAUAAGGCCCACAGACAACAUCGAAGUGCCACAGCUGAUCCGUGAGUUGGGAAACAUCAAUGUGAAGAAGAAGGAGCCUCCGUUCUGCUAUCCUUACAGUCUGAAGGCCAGAGUCUUAGUGCUUGCUCACCUGGCACGCAUGGACGUAUCAGAGGAGUUAGAGGAAGAUCAGAGGUUUGUGACGAGGAAGAGUCCGGCUCUUCUUCAGGAGAUGAUCAAUGUGGGCUGUCAGCUGACCAUGAUGGCCAACAGCAGAGGAGGUUUCCAUGCUCCUCGGCUGGUUACCAUAGAGAACUGCAUGAAAUUGACCCAAAUGAUCGUUCAGGGUCUGCAGGAGUCAAAGUCCCCUCUGUUGCAGCUGCCCCACUUUGAGGAGGAGCACCUUCGCUACUGCAUCUCCAAGAAGUAUAAAGUUCGGAGCCUCCAGGAUCUUGUCAGCCUGAAGGACUCGGACAGACGCAGCAUGCUGCGUUUCCUGGGGGAGGAGAAGUACGAUGAAGUCAUGGCUGUGCUAGGCAGCUUCCCUCACAUCAACAUGGAUACCAAACUGCAGGUCCUAGAUGACGAAGACAGCAAUAACAUCACAGCGGGCUCUAUUGUCACAGUAACUGUCACGUUAACCAGGAAACGGAUGGCGGAGGUGUUCGAAAAGGAGCAGGAUUCGACGCCGUGCCCAGCAGAGGAGGCUACCGCUACUGAGGACGCAACAGGAGACUCAAAAGCCAAAACAAAAGUGUGGCAGAACAAGAGUAAAGGGGCAAAGAAGACAGCAAAGUCCAAGAAGAAAAAAUUAACCAAGAAGAAGGCCACUCCUGCACCCGUUAAAGCUAAGCAGGCCAAUGGCAAUGUGGCAGGAAAUGAAGUUGUUGCAGCAGCGACUGCAAAGGAGGAGGACGAUGAGGCCUCCGACAAGGGCAGUGAGUCGGACGAGGGUGAAGCAACCAAGGACUCUCCCAGCGAGAGAGAUGAAGACAGUGACAAACAAAGCGACACAGAGGUGGACGAGAUAGGUGGCGACGAUGAAGAGGAGUGGGAGGCGUUGCAGCAGAGCAUCCAGCGGCGAGAGCGAGCCCUGCUAGAGACAAAGUCAAAGGUGACGCAUCCCGUCUACAGCCUUUACUUUGCAGAGGAGAAGCAUGAGUGGUGGUGGCUUUACAUUGCUGACCGCCGAGAGCAGACCCUCGUCUCCAUGCCGUACCACGUGUGCACGCUAAAAGACACAGAAGAGGUGGAGUUGAAGUUUCCAGCCCCCUCCAAAACAGGAAACUACCAAUAUUCUGUCAUCCUCCGUUCUGACUCCUACCUGGGACUGGACCAGAUAAAACCACUCAAGCUGGAGGUUCAUGAGGCCAAGGCCAUGCUCGACAACCACCCGCAGUGGGACAUCCCUGACACAGAGGAGGAGGACGAGGAGCAGGAGGACAGUGACGGAAUCGAGGAGAGUGAAGAAGACGAAGAGGACAACGACUGAAUGCGGACAACCACAAACACACAUGCUCAGACCCCACGCUCUCCCGACUUCCAUGGACUCCCCACCAACCCACCUAUGACCCUACAACAGCACUCAAGAGCAGUGAACGAGGAGAGGCAAACACAUUAAAAUCACCAGGGACAGUUUAUACACCCAGUGCACCUUCCUCCAUUCUAUCUUUAUAACAACAUGGACUGUGGCCCCGCCCUUCCACCUCCUGUUUUCUACAGGGACUUGUUCAUUACACUUUCUGCUAAAGCAGAGGAUAGUUCUGUGAAUACUUACCCAGGCCCCUGUAUGUGACUGGAUGCAUAUGAGAGUGAGUGUGUGUGUGUGUGCUACAAUAUCGGUGAAUGGUUUGUGUGUUUGUAACCUUGUAUGUGUUUGUACAGGUAUGAAAUAUUGACGCACUGUGGACUGGAGGACCUAUGGUUUGGGCUCUUUUUUCUUUAAGUGGGGGAGAGGGGAUGUAAAACAACUGAUUCCGCAAAAAUUAACAAAAACACAAUGAUCUUUGCAUGGAAGUCAUGACACCGCUUUCACUCCUAAUUUUAAAAUUCACUCGGCACCAAUGUUUUCCACACCAAUGAUACUUUCUAUUGUACACUCAAAACUGCAGAAGUGCAAGCUUUCGCCUUCAUACAUCCAACCAUUUGCACCUCUCAGCGCACAGGAACAUGGUCGAGUCUCAUCAUUUUUUAAACAUUGUUUUGGUUUCGUACCAGCCAGUCACUUGUCCAUUGUUGAACUUACUGUUUGGUAAAGGGGAUGCUCUCCGGACCUGUUCUUCCCCUGUGAUCCACAUAAAACUGUGCUUCUCUGAAUGAGACGGCUGUUUUUAGGCAGGUGGAUCAUUUAUGAGAUCAAGUACAAAGCUAAAAAACACACAUCCUGCAGUGUUAGGAUUAGUUUUAAUAGUCAGUACUCUCCUUGUCCAUUUACCACAUACAAGUUGUGAGUUUUCAGUUUUUAAGGGGCCCAGAUAUGUAUAGUAAUAUCCAUAGUCUCACCUUUUUUUUCUUACAAUUGUAGCACAUUCCAGUCUAAAAUCAUUGUCCAAAAUGGCCUUACAACACAGCUGAAACACCACAACAUACAAGUCUGUGGGUGCUAUGCACCAGUACUUCUUAAGAGAGCAGAACAUCUUUUUUUUUUUUUGUGUGUUUGUAUAUUAAAAUCUACAGUGUUUCUCUUUAUGUUUUGGUUUGGAGUUAACCUCUUAAUGAUAACCUUGAUGACUCAGUCUUGGAAUACAUAUCACUGAUUUCCUCGUGGAAACACCUCGAAUAUUUUCAGUCCUGUCUGAUCAAAGAGGAUUAGCAGUCGUACAUGACAUGACAAUAAGCCUUCCUCAAAGAGUUUCGAGUGCAACACCCCCAAAAAAAACUAGCGCCCAAUUCUGAAGUAUGUCUUGGAACAAACAUCUAUUGAAAGUCAUUUUUUAAGUGUAAAACUAAGCAUAGUCUGGUCCAUGCUUUCUCUCUGUAGCCCUUACAGCAGAACUGCCAUUUUCCCAUUUCAGAACAACUUUUAUUUCUCUCCACCAAAUCUUCAGGAGUGAUUUUUUAAUUUUUUUCAAUAUCUGAGGUAUGCUAGCAUUCAUGGCUGUCAACUAGAACCCCGGUCAUUUAAUAUUAUGUCUCCUUUCUGUUAGUUAUAUCAAAUGUUACACGGACAUGUUUGUCUUAUUUUCAAGAAAAUAAUCUGUUACCAUUGAUAUCCCCAUUCAAGAUUGUGUUUUUCUUUUUUUUUUUAUAGCAUUUACGUCUCUGUUAGGUUGGUGUGGGAGAGAAAAGGGUAUGAAUAUCUGUGGGCACGCUCACGUGACAUCCCAAACACAUGCUUACACAAACUCAAACACAAAAUAUACCCUACUGUAAUUGUGCUGAGGGAAGGUGUUUGCUAACAGGUUAUAUUGUACUCUGAGUAUUUAUCGCUCUGCAAUAGAAUGUAGCAUCAGUGAUUAAUGCUGUGUGGAAAAAAAAACUGCAGUGAGGUUAAAUACGACACCAUCUCUCCGUGACAGACCUCGUCCAGGCGACUGGCCAGCAGGCCACCUCAUGUUGGACAAACUACCCAAUGACUAUCUGCCACUUUUGUUUACAAAGGAACUGUCAUUGUAAAUGGAAAAUUAUAUUAUUUGUAUUUAAAAUCAUUUCAAAUAAAAACUUUUAAAUGA